AUUACAAGAUUGAUAAAGAAUCGUCUAAACGUUAUUUAAAGAGUAGUCUGACUACAUUAUCUAAAAUGAGUAACCUAAACUACGUUACUAACUAGAGUUUUAAUCAUGCAAUUUGUAAUCAGUUACAGACUACAAUUUGUUAGUUAUCUACCCAGCGCUGCCUAUCAUUGGAUGGUGGCAGGUCAUGUGACUCAUCAGUAUCAGCUCCUGCCAGCCAGCUGUAGACUGAACCCAUGUUCUUUUUAGAAAACAGAUUUAACAGUGUGAUCAUGAAGAAACUGUAAAUCAGUCAUGCAGUUAGAGUGUAGUAAUUAGGAUGCAACAUUACUGCAGUUGUUAAUUUUGUUGUUCUGCUUUGCUGUUACUUUCUUUGUGUGUUUGUCUGAGACUGACAGCUAUUAGACAUGUCAUAAUCUACAGACUCACAGACACGCCUGUUUUACACACGUGACUCACACAGAACCAGGAAACAGGAAUUACAUGAUUUCAGGAAAAUAGAAACUGAAGCGCAGCUGAGCUGUCGUGUGUUUGUGUCUCUGUAUUUAAGCAGUAAAAUGGCAGAAGCCAGAUUUUCUCAGGAUGAGUUCAUGUGCGCAGUGUGUCUGGAUCUCCUGAAGGAUCCAGUGACCAUCCAAUGUGGACACAGUUACUGUAAGAGCUGUAUUACAGACUGCUGGGAUCAGGAGGAUCAGAAGAGAGUCUACAGCUGUCCUCAGUGCAGACAGACCUUCAGUCCAAGACCUGCUUUAUCUAGAAACACCAUGCUGGCUGAACUGGUGGAGAAACUGAAGAAGACCAGACUCUCUGCUGACUGUUACGCUGGAGCUGGAGAUGUGCAGUGUGACGUCUGUACUGGAAGAAAAUACAGAGCCGUCAAGUCCUGUCUGAUGUGUCUGAACUCUUACUGUCAGAAUCACCUCGAGCAACAUGAGAGUUUCUUUAGAGGAAAGAGACACAAUUUGACCGAAGCCACUGGACGACUGCAGGAGAUGAUCUGCCAGAAACAUGAGAAGCUUCUUGAGGUUUUCUGUCGCACUGAUCAGAAGUGUAUUUGUGUGCUGUGUAUGGAUGAACACAAAAACCAUGACACUGUAUCAGCUGCAGCACAGAGGACAGAGAAUCAGAAGCAGCUGAAGAAGACGCAGAAGACGCUCCAGCAGAGAAUCCAGCAGAGAGAGAAAGAUCUCCAGCAGCUGAGAGAGACUGUGGAGUCUCAUAAGCGCUCUGCACAGACAGCAGUGGAGGACAGUGAGAGGAUCUUUACUGAGCUCAUCCGCUCCAUUGAGAGAAGCCGCUCUGAGCUGAUACGACUGAUCCGAGAUCAGGAAAAGACUGCAGUGAGUCGAGCUGAAGAACAACUGGAGAAACUGGAGCAGGAGAUCAAUGAUCUGAGGAGGAGAGACGCUGAGCUGGAGCAGCUUUCACACACACAGGAUCACAUCCAGUUCCUGCAGAGUUUCCAGUCUCUCUCAGCUCCUCCUGAAUCUACAGAUGUAAAUGAUGAUCUCUUCAGUUCUCUCUUCUCUUCUGAUGCUCUGAGAGAAUCUGUCCAUCAGCUGAGAGACAAACUGGAGGAUUUCUGCAGAGAGGAGCUCAAGGAGAUCUCAGACAGAGUCACAUUCACCAACAUUGUUCCCAGAACCAGGAAGGACUUCCUGAAAUAUUCCCAUCAGCUCACUCUGGAUCUGAACACAGUGAAUAAACACGUCCGUCUGUCUGAGAACAACAGAGUGAUUACUUACACUGGCACAGUCCAGUCUUAUCCGGAUCAUCCAGAAGGAUUUGAUGUUUAUCAGCAAGUGUUGUGUAGAGAGAGAGUGUGUGGACGCUGUUACUGGGAGAUUGAGUGGAGAGGAGGUGUGCGUAUAUCAGUGUCAUAUAAGAGCCUCAGCAGGAAGGGAUGGGGUUCUGAGUGUUUAUUUGGAUAUAAUGAUCAGUCCUGGAGUUUGUACUGUUCUCCCUUCAGUUACUCUUUCACUCACAAUAACAUACACACUGUUCUCCCUGUAAAGCCCAUCAGCAGGAGAAUAGGAGUGUUUGUGGAUCACAGAGCAGGAACUCUGUCCUUCUACAGCGUCUCUGACACAAUGAGCCUCAUCCACACACUCCAGACCACAUUCACUCAGCCGCUCUAUCCUGGGUUUUAUGUUUGGUCUGGAUCAGUGAAACUACAGGGGAACUGGAGAUUCUUGACGGGGAUGCACAGUCCAGGAAGAGGCAGCUUCUCAGAUGAUCCAGGGUGCGAUGGUGAGCUGGCAGCAGGAGAGUGUGACACAGGAACUGUGGGGGAAAGAGCCGUGAAGACAAGGGAACUGGGAACUGGGAUGCACAGUCCGGGAAGAGGCAGGUUCUCAGAUGAUCCAGGGUGCGAUGGUGAGCUGGCAGCAGGAGAGUGUGACACAGGAACUGUGGGGGAAAGAGCCGUGAAGGAAUCACAUGAUUUCAGGGGAAUAGAAACUGAAGCGCAGUUGAGCUGUCUUGUGUUUGUGUCUCUGUAUUUAAGCAGUAAAAUGGCAGAAGCCAGAUUUUCUCAGGAUGAGCUUUCGUGUCCAGUGUGUCUGGAUCUCCUGAAGGAUCCAGUGACCAUCCAGUGUGGACACAGUUACUGUAAGAUCUGUAUUACAGACCGCUGGAAUACGGAGGAACAGAAGAGUGUCUACAGCUGUCCUCAGUGCAGACAGACCUUCAGUCCAAGACCUGCUUUAGCUAGAAACACCAUGCUGGCUGAACUGGUGGAGAAACUGAAGAAGACCAGACUCUCUGCUGACUGUUACGCUGGAGCUGGAGAUGUGCAGUGUGACGUCUGUACUGGAAGAAAAUACAAAGCCGUCAAGUCCUGUCUGAUGUGUCUGAACUCUUACUGUCAGAAUCACCUCGAGCAACAUGAGAGUUUGUUUAAAGGAAAGAGACACAAUCUGACUGAAGCCACUGGACGACUGCAGGAGAUGAUCUGCCAGAAACAUGAGAAGAUCCUCGAGCUGAAGGACACUCAGAAGACGCUCCAUCAGAGAAUCCAGCAGAGAGAGAAAGAUCUCCAGCAGCUGAGAGAGACUGUGGAGUCUCAUAAGCGCUCUGCACAGACAGCAGUGGAGGACAGUGAGAGGAUCUUUACUGAGCUCAUCCGCUCCAUUGAGAGAAGCCGCUCUGAGCUGAUACGACUGAUCAGAGAUCAGGAAAAGACUGCAGUGAGUCGAGCUGAAGAACGACUGGAGCGACUGGAGCAGGAGAUCAAUGAUCUGAGGAGGAGAGACGCUGAGCUGGAGCAGCUUUCACACACACAGGAUCACAUCCAGUUCCUGCAGAGUUUCCAGUCUCUCUCAGCUCCUCCUGAAUCUACAGACAUAAAUUAUGAUCUCUUCAUUUCUCCCGUCCCUUUUAAUGACCUGAGAGAAUCUGUCCAUCAGCUGAGAGACAAACUGGAGGAUUUCUGCAAAGAGGAGCUGAAGAAGAUCUCAGACAGAGUCACAUUCACCAACAUUGUUCCCAGAACCAGGAAGGACUUCCUGAAAUAUUCCCAUCAGCUCACUCUGGAUCUGAACACAGUGAAUAAACACCUCCGUCUGUCUGAGAACAACAGAGUGAUUGCUGGCACUAACACAGUCCAGUCUUAUCCUGAUCAUACAGACAGAUUUGAUGAAGCAUGGCAGGUGUUGUGUAGAGAGAGAGUGUGUGGACGCUGUUACUGGGAGCUGGAGUGGAGUGGGGGACAAGUGUGUAUAUCAGUGUCAUAUAAGAGCAUCAGCAGGAAUGGAGACGAUCAUCAGAGUUGGUUUGGAUUUAAUGAUCAGUCCUGGGGUUUGCACUGCUAUUCCUCCAAUUACAUAUACAGACACAAUAACAUACACGCUGAUCUCCCUGUAAAGUCCAUCAGCAGUAGAAUAGGAGUGUUUGUGGAUCACAGUGCAGGAACUCUGUCCUUCUUCAGCGUCUCUGACACAAUGAGCCUCAUCCACACAGUCCAGACCACAUUCACUCAGCCGCUCUAUCCUGGGUUUUGGGUUGAUGCUGGAUCAUCAGUGAAACUGUGUUGUUGCAUGAUAAUGGACUACUUGUAAAACUGCUUCUGUGUUCUACUUAUUACAGCUCAGGAGUUUCCGGUCAGCAUUUAGCUCACCUACAUACAACCGAUUUUUAUGAGAAUGCAGAUUAUUUCUAUUUUUAAACGUUCUCUGCCUUAACACACAUUAUAUUCUAACUGCUGAAAUGUUCCUAUUAAUAUUUCCCUUCCAAUUGUGCAUUCUGAAUAAUAAAUAUUGCCACGUUCAAA